GGUUCGCUGGGCUCCGACAUGAGCCUACCCGCCGCCGACCCGCUCUUCGUGCCGGGCGAGGACUGCGCCCCUGCAUGGCGCGCGGCGCCAGCCGCCUACAAUGUGACCGACACACACCUGGAGAUCCUGGGCAAGCCGGUGAUGGAGCGGUGGGAGACGCCCUACAUGCACUCGCUGGCGGCCGCCGCCUCCUCCAGAGGGGGCCGGGUCCUGGAGGUGGGCUUCGGCAUGGCCAUUGCAGCCUCAAAGGUGCAGGAGGCCCCCAUCACCGAGCAUUGGAUCAUUGAGUGUAAUGAUGGCGUCUUCCAGCGGCUCCAGACCUGGGCCCAGCAGCAGCCACACAAGGUUACACCCUUGAAAGGCCUGUGGGAGGAUGUGGCACCCACACUACCGGAUGGUCACUUUGAUGGGAUCCUGUACGACACGUACCCACUGUCAGAGGAGACCUGGCACACGCACCAGUUCAACUUCAUCAAAAACCAUGCCUUUCGCCUGCUGAAGCCAGGGGGCAUCCUCACCUACUGCAACCUCACCUCCUGGGGCGAGCUCAUGAAGUCCAAGUACUCAGACAUCACCACCAUGUUUGAGGAGACACAGGUGCCAGCGCUGCAGGAGGCAGGCUUCCGGCGGGAGAAUAUUCGCACGGAGGUGAUGGGGCUGGUGCCACCGGCCGACUGCCGCUACUACGCCUUCCCACAGAUGAUCACGCCCCUGGUUACCAAGCAGUGAGUGCCCACCCUCCUCGGUGUGUCUGAGAACCAGCCAUGGGACACGGGUGGCCUCCCUCCAGGGCACAAGGGUAAAAUAAAGGUGGGCACUGGCCUGGCUGGCGC